AUGUGGGGCUAUGGCAAGGAUGGUCAGCUCGGCCAUGGCGAAACCAAGGAUGUACACAUGCCUCGGGCUCUUCGAUCUUUGCAGUCGAAAGUCAUCCGCAGCGUCUCCUGCGGGGAGCAUCAUGUGGGGGCUGUCUCGGAAGGAGGGGCGCUCUUCACCUGGGGUCGAGGCCAAAACGGUCGCCUUGGACACGGCUCCACAGACAACGAGCUGCUUCCGAAGGCCGUGGAGUUGUUGAGCGGUCAUGCCGUUGCAUCCGUGGCCUGCGGCGAAUUCCACACGGCAUGCGUUCUCCAAUCUGCCCCGCACGUCUACACCUGGGGCCUCGGCCUCUCUGGCCGCUUGGGCCACGGCGACGAAGCCGACAGGUACUCGCCAACCUUCGUGGAAGCCUUUACCGGGAUGCAGGUUGGCACGGAAAGAUUGUUUUUCUGGUUGUUUGGAUCCGCCUAG